GUUGGGCCUGGAUUGGCUGCCGCUGCUCUGCUCUUGGCUUCGUUGUUUGGACCUUGGAUUGGUGUGCUCGGUUGUUCGCUUUCUCUCCAUUUCCUCCAGUUGGGUGCCCCUGUUUUGUUUGUUUAUGAAUGUAAUAGGAGCUAGGAAGGUUUUCUCUCCAGAAAUCAGAGUUGUGGAAUGAAAUUUUUCGGGCAAAAAUUAUUCAGAAGCCACCACAGUCAUUAUGCGAUGGAAGAAUUUCAGUAGUGCCAUAAAUAAAUUUCUUUGAACUGGAAAUAUGCAGUGCCAUGUAGAGUCGCAGACCUUUUUUUAAGAACUUGAAAGGUGUUGCUUAAGCAUGGGAUGGUAGAUAGGUGAAUGAUGUUUCCACGUGCCACCAUGAUCGAUGGCCCAAGUGUUUUAGUCAGUAUCUGGUCCCAAGAAUUGGCUCUUGUUCUGCUUAUACUGAAUCACACUUCAACUGUAACUUCUACGAGUCUUGAUCCUCGUGUGAUAUUGAUGUGGUAAUUUCUUUCCGCUGCCCGCUGGAGGGAAGAGGCCAGACAAUAUCACAAGAAUACUAUAGCUGUAUAGCACGCAGAUGAUGUUUCCUUGUCCGUUCUGCUGUGGACAAAACUUUAUGACGCCCUUUAACUUUUUGCUCUUAAAGGUGAAGAACAAAUGUGGUAAUGAUCGAAGAUACUGAACUUGCUAUAUUGCUACAAAUGCAAUAAAUUUGUAGGAUCACAUGAUAGUAGUAAAAAUGUAUUAUAAGGCGCUGAAGCACUCAAAAUUUGUACCCAAAUAUAAGGCAUCCUAGGAUAUUUUAGAAACUAAUUAUUUCCUGUUGUCUGGGGGAGAAUAAAUGGCAUGCAAAUCUGCUUCAUUUUUGGUAAGUGUCCAACAGUCCGACGUGAAAUCAGCAAAAUGACAAUCGAUAAAGGACGGACGGAGUAGGUCCAAAGUUUGUUUGUUGCUAUUGGAGAUUGGUAACAUUGUCUUCCCUACUGUUACAUUUGUGACCUGCAACCAUGCUCUCUUUCUUUUUUAAAAUUCUUGCAGAAGUCUUCUGGAGAAUAAUACACCUCUGCGCAUUGUGCUGCAUUUUGGUAUGGACGAAUCUUCUGGUAGAUCUGCUACCCCAGUUGGGUUUCUUAGAAGGGGCUCUGGCAUUUCCUUGAGAAAUCAAAGUAAUGAGAAUAGGCCAAGCCAAUACAACAAUAAGCCAGGGAAGAACACAAAUCUCAAUCCUGUGAAAGCCCGAUUCACUGAAAAUAAAGAGAAGCCAAAGUAUUUACAUGGGCCAUUUCAUUCAUCAGGAUCUAAGGCCUCAUCUGUAAGCUCUUCAAAGGCCCCUGUUAGGAAAUAUCAGGGUGAAAGGCCAAAAAGGCCCUUUUUGGCAGAGGCAGACGUUGCUGAAAGCAGUAACAGAAGAACUGAGGUCAGACGUCUACAAAGUGGCAAGGAAGCUGUUGUUUAUGAAGAUGGGCAUCCAUACACGCAGAGGAGUACAUCAGAAGGUUCAUCAUCCUCUACAUUUACUGAUGGAGGCUUGCCAGAAGAACAUGAUCUUGGAGUUUUAGAGUUUUCUGUUUCUUCAGGGAGUUGUGCACAUACUGUUGAUUCUAGAAAUACUGCAUUGAGUGCUAUGCAACAUAGGCAAAAUGAUAGAGAAGAAUUGAAUUCAGGUAGACCUCAAGGUGCUUCCAGUUUUGUUCAUCGGAGUGUUGUACCUCAAAGUCUCACCACGGGUGUCAAGUUAUCAAGUGCCCAUGGUGCCACCAGUACUUCACUGCAGAGACAUGGCCUAAAAGGCCUUGGUUGCACUUCAAUAACAGAUGUUUUACCUUCAGGUUGUUCUUCAUCUGAUUCUGUUCAUAAUAGGAGGGUCGAAGUUAUGAAGAAUGGAACUUCUGAUGCAGCAAGAUCUUCAAGAUCGAGGGGAAUAAGUGGGCAAUCUAAUUUAGGUCAGCCACGUUCUGGUUAUCCUGGCUAUACUGGUCCUAGGGCUAGAGCUGCUGAACAGUCAGCAAGGACCAAUAGCACAAGUAUUCGGGAUUCUACAGAUUCAGUAAGGACUAGACGACCUUCUACUCUCCGUGCCAGAGAGAGGAUGCCGGGUGAAAGAGAGGACAGCGUAUUUGCUCUGCGUGAGACUGUUACCAGGGUUCAUCAUCCAGAGAGGGGUCAUUUUCCCACCGAUGACAUUUCUCCACAGAGAUUAGCAAGACCUUUUUAUGCAGAAUUGCCUCAUGAAAUUUAUUCAUCUAAUCGUCAAGGCUCGAGUAGUCGGACAGCAAGGAGAAGAUCUCCUCACCCUGAAGCAAGCUCUCAGGAAAUGUUCCAUGGUCUAUUUGGGGAGAGAGAUGGCUACAGACACAUAAACAUGGAUGGAAUUUCAGAGGUGUUGCUAGCAUUGGAUAGGAUUGAACAUGAUGAUGAAUUGACUUAUGAGCGAUUGCUGGUGCUGGAAACCAAUCUGCUUCUAAGUGGCCUUGGACUGCAUGAUCAGCACCAAGAUAUGAGAUUGGAUAUUGACAAUAUGUCGUAUGAGGAACUACUAGCUUUGGAAGAGCAUAUUGGCUCAGUAAGUACUGCCCUUACUGAGGAGCAAUUUGCCAAGUGGGUCAACCAAAGUGUGUAUAAAGCAAAAAAAUCAGAUAGAGAUGUGAACAAGAUCACAGUAGAUGAUGUGAAAUGUAGCAUAUGUCAGGAGGAAUACAAUGAAGGUGAAGUGAUUGGUAGGAUGCAGUGUGAACAUCAGUACCAUGUGUGCUGCAUUCACGAAUGGCUUAGACAGAAGAACUGGUGUCCAAUAUGCAAAGCUUCAGCAAUACCAGGAGACCCCUGAAUAUUGACUCAAACUCGAAAAUAGUGUGGAUGUAUGAUUAGACACUGUAGAUGCUGACGCGUUCACUCCAAUUUGUGAAUAUGAUAGAUCCUCUCUUAUAAAGCCCUGUAACCUCUUUUACUGCAACUUUUCACUUCAUAGCACAUUCCUUGUGAGAUAUGAAUUCUGCUUGAUAGAUGGUCAGAAACUCGAAAAUAAUGGGAGUUAUCCCCGUUCUUAAAAUCACCUUGAUUGAGACUUUA